CUAUGGAACUAACAAGAUGAAUAAAAAUAAACUGAUUCAUGAUUUUCUGGAAGUAGUCUCAGGAGGUGAUGUGGAACUCAUCUAUGACCGUAUUUCCAAAGUCCAUUCCAUCCUCGGACACCUUGACUUUGAGCACCCAAAGACAGGGAAUACACCUCUCAUUACUGCAGCAGCAGAAAAUCUAACAGAGGUUGUAGGACUUCUUCUGGAAAAAGGAGCAGAUAUCACCCUUUGCAAUUACAGCCAUCAAACUGCCGUCCACGUAGCUAAUUGUGACAUCCAAAGACAACUCUUGGCAAGCAAUAGAAUCCAGGCUCCCCAAAUGCAACUUCUACAAAGUUCAUGGCAAGGCGAUCUUAAACAACUUCAACACCUGCUGGCAUCUGAAGAGUUCCUGGAUAUAAAUUUCCCAAACCAACAUGGCCUGACCCCUCUGAUGCUGGCUGUGAGAGACGUGGACCUGUUUGAGAGUCUUGAUAUGUUGACAGUAUACAGACCUGUGGAAGUUCUCUCCGAGCUCCUCAGGCAUCAUGCAGAUCCUAAACUCUGUGAUUCUAGUGGAAAGUCAGCAAUACAUUAUGUGUCCCAGAUAGAGAGUUUAAAGAAACAGCAAUUAUUGGACAUUCUGCUGAGUUCUCUGCCAAAACCAGAAAGACAUGCUGAAUCACUGCUUGACAUUUGUCAUGAUACAAACUCUUCUCCAGCUGAUGUGAUGUCAGUUACCCAAAAUCAAAACAUCAUCUUGCGAAGCAUCAGCAGCAGUGAGGAGUUUGACCAAGAUGAUGACUUCAGUCAUCCCCUACUUGUCAGUGAAGAGGGAGGUCCCAGUGGUGUCCGACAGGCCUGGCAACCCAGGACAGAAGGUCUUGAGAUCAUUGUGGCUUUUCCAAAAGACGUCAGUCAUCCCCAAGAAAUGUGCCAGGAAGACUUCAAAGAAAACAAUCAGAGAGCCUUAGUGCCUCAAGAAUGGGCACAAGCACAUUCCGUUUCUCUUCCAAAUGAAACUGAGACAGUGAACUUCAAGACAAAGAGGCUGAGCACGCGGCCUUUACUCCUGAAGAAAGAGGAAAGUACCAAGGAUCUCUGGGAUGUCAACUCUGACUUUUUGCUGCCAAGACCUUGCUUAGAACCAAGCAUCUCCAAGUCUGUAACCAGAGAAGAUGCCCCUCAUCUCCCCAAGGAGCUGCAAAGAAAAUAUGAAGAGUCUUCUUCAUUCGAUAUGAAGUACUGUAGCCAAAGGAUGGAGUUCUCCCUGCCACCAUUGUCAUUCUUGCCCAUGCCAUCUGGUGUCCCUACCAUCUCCCAAAAUCACAAGGAUCCGAAAUACAGAGAAAGAAAUAUUCCAAGCCCCACAUCUUUUGUACCUAAGCUUUCAGGAUCUGUUAGUCAAUCUGAUGAAUUUAGCUCAUCAAACAAGCCACAGGAAGCCCCAUUUAAGGUGCUGAUGGAUCAGACUUUUAGGUCUUCUGAUAGCAACAUUUGGUCAAGAAACAUGUGCUCUUUUUGGAAGGCUAACCAUCACAGACAACACUUGGAGAUGGAGGCGAAUUGGAAAUCCAAGGAAAUAGAAGGAUGUGACAAAACUGAAAUCUCUCACUUUGAACAAGGGCAGUCUUGGGUGUCUUUUGAGAAUUCUAAGCAUGACAACAUUCCUGCAGACAGUGAAGAGGAUAUUGACUACCAUGGAAGUAAAAUGAGGAAAGCAGAAGAAGAGAACUCUCAGUAUUUUUCAUCAAGAACGAAAGAGAGUUCAGUAGCCAAGAGCUAUGAACAAGAUCCAGAAAUCAUAUGUACCAUUCCAAGCAAGUUCCAGGAAUCCCAGCAUUCAGAAGUCACUCCAAGCCAGGAUAACGAGAUGAGAAAUAAUAACGCUGAUUCAAAGAGCACUUCAUUACAUAAAAGUGAAGUAAUUGAGCCAAAUGUUUUAGAAAAGUUUACUGUGCUUAAAAGCUUGUCCAAUGUCGUCUUUGAUAGCACCAUUGAGAAGCUCCCAGAAGGUCUUAACAGCACAAGGACAAACAUAAAAAUCGCAGAAGUGGACAAACUAGAGAUAAAUGGAAUGGUUCCUCUUAUUCAUGUCACUUUCCCUGCCGAUGGAACUCCCAAGGAACCAGCGAUAAUUAAACCAAGCCUCCAGAAAAGAAAGGGAACUACUCAUAACAAUCAUAGUGUUAACAUACCUGUACACCAAGAAAAUGACAAGCGUAAGAUGAAUACCCAUAGAAAUAAGUUGGAUCCAAAGACCAAGACAAGUAACAAGACACCUCAGAAUCUCAUGAUUUCUACUGAAGCUUCCACUAAGUUCACCAUGCAUAAGACCAGCAUAAAAACUCAAUUUUUCCCAGCUUUGGGGCUUGUUGACACCAGGCCUCAACAAUUGCCCACGUUUCAAAGGAGAAUGCCACAAACAAAAAAGAAACAAUCAACUCACCGAACUCAGAAACCUAAAAAACAGUCAUUUCCUUGCAUCUGUAAAAAUUCAGGAAUAAAAAAGUCAUUUGUUCCUCCCUCUGCUCAACCAACAAAGCCAAGACUAAAUUACCUAGAUCUUAAGUAUAGUGACAUGUUCAAAGAAAUCAAUUCAGCUACUAAUGGACCUGGAAUCUAUGAAAUGUUUGGGACCCCUGUUUAUUGUCAUGUGCGAGAGGCCGAACGGCGUGAAAACAAGUAUUACCAUGAGAUAUGUUCGGCUCCAUCGGGCAGAUGUAUCACCAGUAAGUGUCGGUCUUCACACAGUGAGAGGAUCAGCAACUGCAGAACAAGACUUUCUCAGAGAAGACCACGUAUUAAGGCCCCAAAGGCUUCACUUGACAUUAAACAAGAGCACAAAGGCUUGAUUUCAAAAGAAAAGGGUUGCAAGGCUGUAGGUAGCAAUCUACAGGACAUUGGAAAAGGUAAUGAUAUAUUCAAACCAGACUGGCAGAUAAAAUCUUCAGGAAAUGACUUUCUAUCUUCCAAAGAUGAAGUUCAUCCCAUGAACUUGGCUCAGACUCCUAAGCUGUCCACUGGACAGAACGAACUCCUUCCUGUCUCAGAUUUAUCUAUUGUUGAAGAAGUUUUUUUGGAAGCGUCUACUGAUGGAGACUUUUCUAGCAAUCAAAUACUUGCCAUGAGCCUCAGAGAUUUGCAGGAACUUGAAGAGCUGCAUCACUCGACUCCAUUUGUCCCUUCAGAGAACAGCUGGGCAGUGCCCAGUGAGAAGAGUUCUAAUAAGCAUAUACCACAAGAAAAGCAGAAUACAGCCUCUCUUGGUAAAAUACAUUCCAGUCUAAUCUUAACUAAUGAUCUAGAACUUGAUGGUGUUUCAGAUAUGUCUAAAAUGUUUAUGAGUUUCUCUUUCCAAGAGAAACAAGAAAGCACGUCUUUCCAAACAUAUCAUCAACUCUGGGCACGUUCUUCUGAUCAUGAUAGUUUAGCAAAUAAGCCUAUCACAUAUCAAACAUCUGGAAAAUCUUUAAAUGACACAGGUUCAAUUAUUUCCCAAGAAAUUCUGGACUCUGUAAAGAAUGAGGAAUUGACAGAUGAACUAUUAGGAUGUCUAGCUGCAGAACUAUUAGCUCUUGAUGAGAAAGACUGCAACUCUUGUCAAAUUAUGGCAAAUGAAACAGAUCCUGAAAAUCUAAAUCUUGACCUCAGUAGGAGAGGAAGUAUCACAAAACAAUCGGGCAGAGAGACCACACAUGUCAAAAUACAGAGGCAUAGUAAUGGGCUCAGGAUAUAUGACAGGGAGGAGGAACUUCUCAACUCAAAUGAAAAGAAGACAUUUUCUGAAAAUAGUUUAAAGUAUGAAGAACCUGUCCUGUGGACCAAGGGUGAGAUCCUUGGGAAGGGAGCCUAUGGCACAGUAUACUGCGGUCUCACUGGCCAAGGGCAGUUAAUAGCUGUAAAACAAGUGGCUUUGGAUACCUCUAAUAAAUUAGUUACUGAAAAAGAAUACCGGAAACUACAGGAAGAAGUAGAUUUGCUCAAAACCCUGAAGCAUGUCAACAUUGUGACCUAUUUGGGAACAUGCUUGGAGGAGAACACUGUGAGCAUUUUCAUGGAGUUUGUUCCCGGUGGUUCAAUCUCUAGUAUUAUAAACCGUUUUGGGCCAUUGCCUGAGAUGGUGUUCUGUAAAUACACAAAACAAAUUCUGCAAGGUGUUGCUUAUCUCCAUGAGAACUGUGUGGUACAUCGAGAUAUCAAAGGAAAUAAUGUUAUGCUCAUGCCAACUGGAAUAAUAAAGCUGAUUGACUUUGGCUGUGCCAAGCGUUUGGCCUGGGCAGGCUUAAAUGGCACCCACAGUGACAUUCUUAAGUCCAUGCAUGGGACUCCAUAUUGGAUGGCCCCAGAAGUCAUCAACGAGUCUGGCUAUGGAAGAAAAUCAGAUAUCUGGAGCAUUGGCUGCACUGUGUUUGAGAUGGCCACAGGCAAGCCUCCACUGGCCGCCAUGGACAGGAUGGCUGCCAUGUUUUACAUUGGAGCACACCGAGGACUGAUGCCUCCUUUACCAGACCACUUCUCAGAAAACGCAGCAGACUUCGUGCGCAUGUGUCUCACCAGGGACCAGCAUGAGCGACCUUCUGCUCUCCAGCUCCUGAAGCACUCCUUCUUGAAGAGAAGUCACUGAACAUACAGCCAGACUUUCUACCCAGUUCCACCGCAGAUGCUCCCUUACUGCUUGAUUGUGGGGAAUGAUGGUUAAGGGACCUGUUUUCCUACUGGAAACUCAAUCUAACCCAG